AUGGGCCGAGAUCGGAGCCGAAGUGGGGAAAGAACUCGACGAAGUCGCAGUAGAAGGUAGCAGUUUCGUUAAUUCUGGUAUUUUUCAUUCAGCUUGUCUGUUGAUGAUGGGGCAAGAGAGUUAUGGCGAGUGGUGAAGGAUGAUCCAUAUUCGUUUGAUGGCUGGACAAGGCUUUUACAAUAUGUGGAGCAGAAGGACGAGUUGGAUCAAGCUGAAGGUGCCUACGAAUCUUUUUUGAAACGGUAUCCUUUUUGCUAUGGUUACUGGAGAAAAUAUGCAGAGAUGCAGAAGAGACACAAGAAAUAUGAGAAGGCUUUAAAUGUAAGUUUUAAAUGGCAAUACAUUCGUUGAUAUUGAUGUCUAAAAUCUUUUCUAGGUUUAUGAACGAGGCCUCCAAGAAAUAUCACUUAGCGUUGAUUUGUGGUUGAGCUACAUCAGUUAUAUCAAGGAAAUUGCUCAGGGUCAGCGGCAAGCAGAUGCGAAGAUCAGAGCGUAGGUUUCCAUAAGGUUCCAUUUAUUUUGGAGUUUAGAAUUUACCUGAGGGCAUUGGAGGCAUGUGGAAUGGAGUUUCGAUCAGACAAACUGUGGACUCAGUACAUCGAUUGGGAGAUUGAAAAUGGUGAAUAUCAGAAAGCCAGUCAAGUCUAUGAUAUUGUUCUUUCCACACCCACGCAAGGAUACAUUGGACAUUUUGAAAGAUACAGAAGGUUCGUUGAAGAAAGAGAACCCGAUGAAAUUCUAAGUAUGGAAGAAUACGAGGCUAUUACUGACAAGAUUUAUGACAAAAUAAAGAACGACUUGGACGGUGCUCCGUUGUUUAUUAUUGAGGAAUUUGAGGAAGAUAUUUCCGAUGAAGAGGUAAUUGAUGAAUCGCAGACCAAGAGAACUGUUACGCGAAGGAAGCACAUGCCUGUAGCAUUAAUUGCGUAUAGAGAUGAGAUUAUUGACAGAAGAACGAAACUUCAUUUAGCCAACGAAGUUGAAAUUAAUUCUCGGCUGAAGUAUGAAAAUUCUGUAAGUUUAUUAUAUUCUUUUGUUGCUGCAUGUGGAGUCGUUUGUUAUUGUAGUAAUCGAUUUACAGAUUCGGCGUCCAUAUUUUCACGUUAAGCCAUUGGAACGAGAUCAGUUAUCUAACUGGUACAAAUAUUUGGACUUUGAGAUCAAAGAAAAGAAGAAAAAGAGAAUCCAAGUACUUUUCGAAAGAUGUGUCAUUUCUUGUGCUCUUUAUGAGGAAAUGUGGAUUAAGGUAUGUUUUUUAUUUUUUUCUAUAUUUUGUCUUAUAGUACGCGGUUUAUCUGGAUUCGAUCAAAGAUACGGAUGGAGCUCGGGAAGUGUUCAAGAGGGCAUCAGAGGUUCACUGCUCGAGGAAACCUGGCAUUCAUCUCGCUUACAGUCUGUUUGAAGAGAAACAUGGUAAUCAAGACAUCUCUGUCAUACUAUUGAUUUCAAAUAUUCUUAUAACGGUUAUUGUUUUUUCGGUUUUGAGAAAAAGUUUUGAAAACGGAACCGAUGGAUUUGUUUGACAAAUUAGGGAAGUUUGGGUUUUUCAUAGGAUUAUUAUUUUGGUACUGAGAAGCAGUCAAAUAAGUGUAACAAGAUAGAGAAUCUGCCGUGGUAAGGUGUAUCGAUAGUAGUCAACUUCGAGAUGUUCUUGGAGAAGUUAGAGUAAAAAAAUGAUCAGAGACAAUCCUUGACAAGUAAACUUUUGUAUGUUGCAAUCUUUUUAGGUGAUUAUGGAGCCGCUGCAGCAAUUUUGUAUGAUUUCGAUCGCCAAUAUCCUGGAUAUGCAUCUAUUUCACUUCGCAAAAUUCACGUGAGCCGACGUAAGAACGGAAAAGACAAGUCUCCGGACUACUCAUCUACGAUCUCCAAGUUUGAAAAGCUGAUGAAUGAACCUGGGAAUUCACGUAGAGUCUCUUCUUUCUAUGCCAUGAAGCUGGCCCGGAUCCAUCUGAAGUUGCGCCAUGACAAAAAAGCGGCCGAAAAGGUCAUCAAGGAGGCCAUUUCUCGGGACAAGGUAGUAUAAAUUAUAUUGAUUUUUAGCACUGCUUCUAGGACAACCUUCAACUGUAUAUGACAUUAGUCGACAUCGCGUUCAGCUCUAGUCGUUUCCACGAAAGGGAUGUCUGCGAUGCCUUUGACUUUGCUAUUGACAGUCGCUAUCUCUCUGUUGAACAGAAAUUUAUUUUCUCUCAAAGGAAAUUGGACUUUUUGGAGGAUCUUGGGAAUGAUCCUGGGAAACUUCAGACCCAUUACCUGGAACAUCUGAAACUCGAGAAAGAACUUGACGAACCAGCACCAACUUUGUUCAGCAAUCUGAAGAGAAAAGCCUCUUUUGAGUAAGAAGAGUUUCUUCAUUCUAUUCGGAAAUAUUUCAUGAUUUGUAUUUUUUAUUUUAGAGAGGAAGUUGACAGUAAACGAUUGAAGGAGGGCACCGACAGUCCUUCUGACCUCGUAAACACAAAUAAUUCCUUUGCCCGCACUUCUAUCGGUAAGUCAUCACCAAGGCUCCACAAAAUUCAAAACCCAAGUUCAAAUUCGGUCAUUUUUGAUAGCCAGGUUCGAAUUCGAACUUUUAUGGAGUCCUGGUAGUUAUUAUUAUGAAAUAACGCUAAUAUAUGUCAUCUAGGCAAUGGAGAUGGUAACGGUGGUUUUUACUCACCGAAUGUGGAUCUUUCUGGCCAUGAUUGCCUGGUCAACACUCCGACCUACCCCGAGACGCCCACCCAGCCCUUCUAA